GCCACCGCUCACCACCUGCUUCCCUCUUCCUCAGUUUGUUUCCUGCCUACUUUAUUUUCCAGCUCCAUCACUCCAAGGGUAGGAAAAACGUGGAGUUGAAAAGUGAGGAGUCCAGCAAUGAGAAGGUUGAACUGACGGUGGGUGUGAAAGACUCCAAACCCCAAAUGUCCAUCAAGCUUUCCUCGUGUUUUUGUGAGGACAGUGAAGCCUGCGUGGCUCAUCACCACAGUGAUGAUUCACUUUAUGUAAAAGUGGAGCCAUCACUGACGGACAUCGAGAGUGGAAAGAACAAAGAGACCGCUGCAGCACAAAUACAGACUCCGAGCACAAAGCCCAAGGCCAGGACGCUGGUAGCAUGCAGACAGCUGAUUGAUGCGAAGGAGGGGGCCUCUCUCAGGGACCAAUCUCCUCUGCCGUUACUAACACUCGAAGGGGCUGUAAGAUUGACGAGCACUGACCCCAUAAGGACCUCUUCUGUUCAUGCAUCCAUUGCUGGAAAAGCUUCGCUAUGCGCUGCUCGACAGGGUGAAGCACCAGGGUUGAACAUGAAGCCGUCUAACAUCACCAGAGAGGAAAAAAAAAGCCAGUAUUACAAAGACCUUUGCCUGCAGAUAGAGGAGAGGAAGCGGCAGAUAGAAAAGGAGCGAAGUAGAAACACUGUUGACGAACGAAAGCACCAUGACACCAUGCAGCACUCCAUCUGGGGGAUGCCAGGAAGUGGUGCCCCAAACUACCACCUGGGCACAGCAAAAAGGACCAAUAGCCUUUACACCGCAGGGAUUUUACCCCAAGAGCAGAUCCGUGGUAAAGGCUUCAGUAGGACCCCUUUCCACCGCCUGUGAAAUUAACACCAUAACAUCCCCGAGCUGAGACAACUGAGAGCUCUAGAGAAGUCAGGAAAACAGUACUCUCUGACUUUUGUCUUCAAGUAAUGUUUUUUUUUUUGUAGUCAUCAAGAUAUUUGGGCUGUUUCAGCAGCAAAUUCUUAUGGUGGCAAAGAAAUACAGGCUGUGAAUAAACUUACACCGAUAGAACAAAAACACAGAGAGUGUGAACAUGUCAAGAACAGCGAGCCUCCUAUUUACAUGUGUUGCUACAAGAACAGGUGCCUGCAACACCAACAUCUUCCACUUUGGUUACUUGGAAUAGAUUCACUAAUUCUUCCCAUAACAGAAGAGACAUCUG